UAUUGACCGAUUUUGGCAAUUAAGACUAGAAUGAAAGUGACGUGGCACAUUCAGUCACAUUUCCACUUCGCCUCUCGUAUUUUUCUUCUCCGUUUCUCUUUUGUUUUCAGCGUCCAAAACCAGAGAAAUCCCGCCAUGAAUCUUACGUCCAUCUCUUCUUUCACCUCUUCAAAUUCACUUUUCCCUUUUAAAUAUAACCACCAAAUUCCCGCCAAAUCACCAUCUUCCCUGAAAUUCUCAUCAGGUUAUAGACUUACUUGGAUCCAAAAGCUGCCUACCAACACCAUCACCUGCUCUUCCAACGCUCAAAAUAGGUUCAAUAAGGUGGAGGAGAAGAGCGUUUCUGUGAUUUUGUUGGCCGGAGGGACGGGCAAACGAAUGGGUGCAAGCAUGCCAAAGCAGUAUCUCCCACUACUUGGCCAGCCAAUUGCUCUUUACAGUUUCUACACAUUCUCAAAAAUGAUUGAAGUGAAAGAGAUUGUAGUAGUCUGUGAUCCAUCCUACAAAGACGUUUUUGAAGAUGCCAAAGAUUACAUAAACGUGGACCUCAAAUUUGCACUGCCUGGGAAGGAGAGACAAGAUUCUGUACACAGUGGGCUUCAGGCCAUUCACUUGAGUUCUGAGCUUGUUUGCAUCCAUGACUCAGCUAGACCUCUGGUGUCAACUGAAGAGAUAGAAAAGGUUCUCAAAGAUGCAUGGGUAAAUGGAGCUGCUGUGCUUGGUGUUCCUGUUAAAGCUACAAUUAAAGAGGCAAACAGUGACUCUUUUGUAGUGAAAACUUUGGACCGCAAAAAACUUUGGGAAAUGCAUACCCCACAGGUGAUUAAGCCCGAGUUGCUUAAAAAAGGGUUUGAGCUUGUCAACAGAGAUGGUCUUGAAGUCACUGAUGAUGUGUCUAUAGUGGAGCACCUUAAACAUCCUGUAUAUAUAACAGAGGGUUCUUACACAAAUAUCAAGGUCACUACACCUGAUGAUUUGUUGCUUGCCGAGAGAAUUUUGAACAUGGACUCUUAGACCAUUUAGUUCAUAUAAUUGUUGCUUGCAAAGAAAAUUUUGAACAUGAACUGAUGGAAAAUAAAAAUAAAUUUCUCUUA